AUGCCAAAAGCCGUCUACGACAAGCUAAACUUCACACAGCUCACACCAACCCCAAUGCACCUCCAGCUGGCAGACUCCUCGGUACGGUAUCCAGAGGGGAUUGCAGAAGACAUAUUGGUAAAAGUUAGGGACAACUUCAUCCCUGUUGAUUUUGUGGUCCUGGACAUGGACAUUUCCAAGGAUACACCACUUAUUAUAGGAAGACCAUUCCUAAGCACUGCGGGGGCACAAAUCAAGGUUGGAGCCAGAGAAAUCCGCUUCAAUAUCAACGGCAAGGAAGAAAGGUUCCCAUUUCAGCCCAAGGUUGAGAAAUGCUCUAUGAUCAAAAUCAAGUUUGGGCCAAAUUCACGAGGCAUACAAGAAGUCGUGGUAACACCACAAAAGAAGGACAACAUGGUCAGCCUCAUGAAAGAAGUCAUAAAGGAGGGUAAGCAUGAAGAGGUGGUAAUACCAGUCCAGACUACUCCACAAGAUCAACCCUCCUCAUCAAGAGUGAAAAAAUCAGAGAAAGCACAGCAAUCCGUCACUGCUCCUCCCAGGACGGGUGCUCAAUCGUAA